CUGAGCCACAGCUCUUGCUCAUACUCAGAGAUGCUUUCAGAGAACAGGCUGAUAAUAGGACAGGAGAGAAGCGUUGGUGGGUCAAUUAGAAACAACUUCAGUGACAGGAACAGGAAGUGGUGAACAGAAAAUGCUACCUGGUUAAACAUGAGGCUCGUCUGUUCCUCUCUCUUGACACAGCCUGUGAAUCAUCUCAGCCUUUCCAAAUAUAGAUUAAUCAGACUUUGCCAUGUAUUCAACUUAAAUCUGAAGGGAGUAUUUUCAGCCCCGUCCUGCCUGGCACCUGUUUGAUUGUUUGGAGGCAAAAUGACACAAAACGGUGCUGGGGCUGGUAAGGGUACCGCAAAAAAGGGAGAAGAACUUAAAAUUGUGAUAGUGGGAGAUGGAGGCUGCGGGAAAACAUCACUUCUGAUGGUUUACGCCAAAGGCGAUUUUCCAGAGAAAUAUGCCCCAUCAGUGUUCGAAAAAUACGUAACCACUAUCUCUGUCGGAGGGAAAGAGAUAAAGCUCAACCUGUAUGACACAGCUGGACAGGAUGACUACGACAGACUACGGCCGCUCUCAUAUCAAGAAGCUAAUCUGGUUUUAGUCUGCUUUGAUGUGACCAACCCCACCAGCUUUGAGAAUGUCCUGAUUAAGUGGUUCCCAGAGGUGAAGCACUUCUGUCGGGACAUUCCAAUCAUCCUGAUUGGCUGCAAGACUGACCUCAGGAAGGAUAAAGAGUGUGCGAGAAAGCUCAAGGCCAUGAAUCAGGAUCCCAUAACUUACACACAGGGCGAGGAGACCCGGCAGCAGAUGAACGCAGAGCUCUACCUCGAGUGCUCGGCGAAAUAUCAGGAGAACGUGGAAGACAUUUUCAGAGAGGCCACCAGAAGAACUUUGGCCUUCAUUCGAAAACAGAGGAACUAUAAGAGGAAGAAGAAAUGUGUGGUUCUGUGAAGAGAAAAGGACAAAGGACCUUGUUCACAUUGAGAGUUGUUGGAGAUUCAGAGACCACAGAUGCUUGGAAACAGCUGUAUGGUUCAGAGAGUACUCAUCAGUCCCUGUCCUGUAGUGAAGUCAUCCUUUACCACCACAACAACAUGGCUAAUGACAGAACUGGAAAGAUAAUUUAGCAAGAAGGUGCAGCAGUGGGGAGAUUUCCCAAAGUGAUAUUCAACUCAAAAUGCCCCUUGCCUUCUAUAUUUUUACUUUUGUAAGGGAAAUAUAAUUUGUAGUAUUUUUAUAUAUAUUUUUUUUUCUAACAGAAAAUUUUGUACUGUUUCCAGACUGGUAUGCUUUAUCAAAACACCAGGAAUUUGAAGUUAGUUAUUUUAUCUUGUAACUGUUGAAAGGUUUUCAUAAUGUCAUGUAAUGUGGUUUAAAAACUGUGGGUGGAUAAUAAAUUCUCAGAUGAAAUAGUUGUUGAAAUGCAAUAUAUUCAUGGUACUGUAGCUUUGAGAGAUGUGAUAAAAAAAACUUUGAUGUACAGAGUUUCAGGAAGCACAAAAAAAUGACUUAGAACUUGUUUUGGAGCUGUGUCAACUAGAAGCACAUCUCUUAUCUUUACCAACAGCGCCCACUAGUGUUGCAAAAACUGAAUGUAUGAAAUGGCUGCAUUAUUAAGGCAUGAGGACCGCAACCGCCUCAAAUCUGAAAUAAAGUUCUUUGUGCACAAGAAACACAGAAAUAUUGUCAGUUUUUAAUUAUGUGUUUAAUUUUUAAUAUUUCUUUUUUUUUUUACAACAAUGUACACAGACUGAGAGAAUGUCAACUGUCUUGUUACCGUUCAUACUCAGGCACCAGUUACAGUCUUGAAAUGGACAAUGAAAACAUUAAUGUAAGCUACAUCAUAAACACGAAAUCAAGUUGUUUUGUGCGUGAUGGCAGCUCUCGCAUUAUGAAAUGUAACACUUCGGUCUGUAACUUCAAAUAUUCCCUCAAUAAUAAAAGUGAUGCGUGAUUCUCUUCAA